CACUAUAGUAACUGCAGUACCGGGAAAAUAAAGCACAAAUUACUUUGACGUCAUCACCGAGCGACGGUUGAUCCUGAAGAUUCCACCAUGGCUGAAACUGAGUCGAAGAAGGUGAUCAAGUUGGUUCCUGAGUAUCUGCUGAAGAAGAGGAAAGCAUACCAGGCCAUUAAAGCCACUCAGGCUAAGCUAGCACUGCUCGAGAAGAGAAAGAUAUCAAAAGGCAAACCAUUAAAGUUCAAACGAUUAGAAGACUUCUUGAAAGACAGCCACAGGAAGCAUCGCGAUGAAACUCGCAUCCAGAGGAGUGAGCACAGGCCCCCUGCCCCCCUGCCCCCUGCCAAGAACAGGCUUGCCUUCGCUGUGCGCAUCAGAGAGAUUAAAGGUGUCAGUCCAAAAGUGAUGAAGAUGGUCCACAUGUUGAGGCUGAGGAAGAUCUUCAGCGGGACCUUCGUCAAAAUCAACAAGACCUCUGUAGCAAUGAUGAAGAUGCUGGAGCCUUAUGUGGCCUGGGGAUUUCCCAACUUGAAGUCUGUUCGUGAGCUCAUCCUGAAGAGAGGACAGACUAGGAUUGGCCGGAAGAGAGUUCCUCUCACAGACAACACCUUCAUUGAGCAGCACAUGGGUAAACAUGGCAUCAUCUGUUUGGAGGACUUGAUUCACGAGAUCUAUUUGGUUGGUAAGUGCUUCCGGGCUGCCAACAACUUCCUGUUGCCUUUCAAGCUGUCGGUGGCUCGUCACGCUGCCAGGGACAAGGCUGGGCUCCUGAAGGACCUGGGAAACCCUGGAUUUCGCAAUACAGACAUUAAUGCUAUCAUCAGACAACUCAACUGAGAGACCAAUGCAAGAUAGACACUCGGACAAAUCUUUAAGGAUGCUUUAUUUCUUAGCACGCAAAUGCCAACAAAACAAGAUAUUAAAAGAUAUGUUGGUGUCUUUCUUUGGCAGAGAACCUCAUCUCUCUCAACUUUAGUCGUAUUUCAUAUAGUUGUAUCUGUAAGGCCAUUUUUCUUGUUCCAAGCUGGGAGACAUCGGAAGGAAAUCAAGUGAAACUGGACUGUUGGUUAAAAGAACUUAUCAUGGACUGUCAUGGGCAGUCCAUCUGCCCAAAAAUCCUUUAAUACAUUUAAUAGUUUUCAGUGUUUAAUGAUUGUUAAUAUUUUGUAUCUACAAUAAACCCUUUUUUUCCAUA